GUAACGAAAUAUUACAGCAAACAGAUUACCAAGGUUUCAACGAGCAAACGAAUGCAAUUACAUGUACAUAUAAUUAUAAACAGUUCUAGAUGAUGUUUGUUGAUGAGCGGAAUGUUUUUACUUAUAUUAUAGUUAAUAAGAUUUGAAGACACCCUUUGUUGUGGAUGUAUAGUCAUUCCAUUUUAUACACAACGGAAAUCCAAGCAUUCAAUGAGAACUUUAACUAUAACCGGCGCUACCAAAGACACCGGAAGAUGCCAUUUACCAAGAUGGCGAGAAUAGUUUUAGUGCUACUAUUUCUUAUGUAUACCAUUGACGAAUGCGCUACCCAGGAGUUUCCUAGACCGACGUUUCCUAGCCCCUUUCAGUCGGUAAGAGGUAAAUAUCAAGAUUUUAACUCAAAAGUGAUGGAUUUACAAGGUCAGUACUGUGGUAGAGUUUGUGAUAGGACAUUUCAAUUCAGAAAGGGAAAUGAUAGAUGUGCUCCAUGUUUCUGUGACGUCGAUUGUUAUUUUUAUAAUGACUGUUGUCCGGAUAAACUUCUCUUUCACAAGAAUCUAAGCGACGUAAUUCCCAGGAAGCACGGAUGUAGGCAAAUCGUGUAUAGUUCAACCCCACAGUUUUCAAAGGUCAUUGAUGAUUGUCCUAAAUUCUACAGCAACCAGGAAACGAUAUCAAACUGCUAUAAUAAUGAUUCUUUACACUGGAAAUAUAUUAAUCCAGUUACAGAUCAGAAUACGAAACUAACCUACCGAAACAAAUAUUGCGCCAUUUGUAAUUAUGCUUCAGACACGGUUAGGUGGUUAACGGAAACCAGUUGUCGAGACGACAAUGCCUAUGGAAACUCAAUGAAUCAAGAAGAGAUUUACUUUUCUAUUUUAAACAGCAAUAAAUGUACACUAUCAUUUAAGUCUGGCACCGCGGGGUUUCCAGAAAAGAGAGUUUGUUUUGCCACAAGGCCACCAGUUUAUACCAAAUGUAACGAAACGGGACGAUGGGAAUUCUACGAUCAAGACGUGGAAACUGCGUGUCUUUUGUACACUAACGUCGUCUUGGGAAAAUACGGAAAUUUAUUCUGCCGACUUUGUAAUGAGCGGAUUACUUGGCAAGAUCUCCAGGAGGAACCUCCUAUAGUUAGGGUCGACGUUGGAAGACUGAGUUUAGUCACAUUGUUGAAUCUUAGAGAUGAAGGAAACCCAAGAUCAAGAUCUUCAGUUCCAGAUACAAAAUGUGGUGUGGAUGAAGUGAUGGAUCCCAAAUCGUGCGAUUGCCGAGAAAAGAUAUGUUCUAAUGGAGAAAUUCUGGAAAAUGGUACAUGUCAAUCAAUCUUUCUAAAAUCUAAUAACAUUGGGUAUAAUAUAUGUAUUCAUGUGAAAGGAACUUUUAACAUGCGCGAUCAAAAUGUUAGUCCGGAAAACAUCUUAGUAAAAUACAGAAACGAAAAUUUUGUGUCCUUUAACUCUGAUACAGACACGGUUGUGGAUCAAAGUUUCACACCCGUUUUAGUGAGUCUCUGCGGAGAGGAGUUCGUGCAUAUUGAAGCUGAUAUAUACGUGAAAUUACUUUUUGAAAGUCCAGUGAAUCCCGACGAUAAACAAAUUGAACUGUUGAAAAUUGUUCAAAAUUUGGGUCCUGAAUCGUCAACAAAUGGAUUUAGUAUGGAAACCACCCUGGGAAACAUUUGUCAUAGAUUCCAACCUCAAGUUCAAACUUUUCCCGUGAAAUCGAACUGUUCUUUAAUAAAACCAGUUGUUCUUUUAGAUGAAGUAUAUAUUAGAGAUGAAGUCGCUAAGAUUCUUCCUAGUAUCCAAUUCCUUCAACUAAAUAAACUAAUGACGUGUGCCCAUGUUUCACUGAAUUCAACGGAAGUUGCGCAUAACCUCACCGACAACUCUCUGACCUUAUUACGUAAUAAUCUAACAUUAACAGAGGGCGAAUAUAAAUCACGCGAUGAACAAUUUGUCGUGUGUUUGGAUGAUUACCUCAACGGCACUUCUGUAGAUUAUUGUAAACCAGUUAUUGGUAACCAGACAGCAGCUUGGACGCCAUUAGGCAUAACUUCCGUCGUAUGCACGUGUAUUUCGUUGUUGUUCCUCAUUAUAACUUUCAUUUUUUAUUGCGUUAUUAAAAGCUUGCGAAAUGUGGUCGGGGUCAAUGUAAUGGGAUUGAUAGUAACUCUGAUAUUUACUCAGGUCUUCUACGAGUUCGGAUUAGAAAUGACGGAUUACCAUAACCUUUGUCAAGCCAUGGGCAUCCUUAUUCACUAUUUUUGGUUGUCGGCCAUAUUUUGGAUGAAUGCUUGCACUUUGGUUUUAUUUCUGAAACUGUCUUUCCCACUAAAAUCUCGCUGUUUCACUACAGGGCAGAUAUUUAGAAGAUCCUGUGUCUAUUCAACUCUAUCGCCAUUAAUAAUUGUGGGUAUUACUCUUGGGAUAAACUAUGGUAUGGAUGGUUAUUCUGGUUAUGGAGGCGCUCAUAGUUGUUAUAUAAGAAGCGUCAAUGAAAGAGGAUUUGCCUUUGCCUUACCACUAGGACUCUUGGUUCUAAUCAACAUCGUUUUGUUCAGCUACACAUUUAUUAAAAUCAGAGCCACACAGAUGGAAUCGGCCAUCAACAGAGAAAAUAAAAUUAAUAUUUUAGCGUGUUUAAAACUCUCUGUUAUUACUGGAGCUUCGUGGAUUUUUGCUUUCGUGUAUGAAGCAACUGGCGCCAUUGUGUUUGCUUAUCUUUUCACCAUUCUUGUUGGUGCUCUUGGCCUUGUUUUGUUUAUCGCUUUCAUUGUAAACAAGCGAGUUUGUCAGAUCUGCGUAGAGAAAGUUCGUGGAAGCGAACACAUUCAGCCAUCAAGCGCUUCUAAACAGAAGUAUGUAGUAAAGUCAACCGGUGAAAGUCCACUUCCGAGCCUUUCAAAGGCCAGAUCGGUUAGCGACCCAGAAAGUGAGGCCAGUAUCAAGACGAGAAUGACUAAACGUGGAACUGAAGAGUACCAAAUUUAAGACGUGCACAUACUGAAACUGGGCAUCGUUUAUAAUCAAUGUUCCCGUUAUGCACUGGAAAUGAUGUGCGUACUAACGUCAUGUUAUAUUCUUGGAAACCAAACGUAGACAAAAUAUAGUAAGACGCCAUUGGUUUUCGAGACGUUCUGAACUAGUGAACACUCAUCGGAUUCUCUAGAUCAACCUAGAUUGUUCAAAUAUUAAAGAAUAUUGUCAAACUCCUAUAUAGUAUGGAAUAUUUUUUUCAGUGGCAUUUAGUAAUUGAACUGGAAUAUACAAGACACAAUUCUAUGGAAUAUAAUUACUGCUUAUUACUAAGCGACAUUUCGACUAGGAUUCUCCAGUCUUCAUCAAUGGAAUAUAAAAGAAAUCUAUUACCAUAAAUAGGUAUCGCUGUCUAAUAUUAAAACACAAAUACAGUCAGUGGUCUGGAUGGUUACAUUAACGUUAUACUUCAUACUAAUGUGAUAGAGUAAAUUAUAACUCUAUUACUAUUACACUAAUUAUACCAUAAUUAUCAAUAAUGGUAUUUGGCAGAAAUCGAGACUAAUAUAGACCAGAUAGAAAUUAAUAUUUUAGUCAUGUUGUUUGGCUACAUUAUAGCAGUUUGUUGCCCCACGAUAGCUAUAACAAGGGUUGUUUCCUGGAAUAGUUGUCUCAAAUCAAAUGAACAUCAAUAUAUAAUAUGAUCUCAAUAUAUAUGAUCUCAAUAAAAUGGUUGAGAUGUCGAAAUUAAAUUUACGCAAUGAAACAGAUGAAUCCUUUCCCUUAGCAGGUGUUAAGAGGCGCAAACUUCAAUCUGGGAUUUACCCCCGCCGCCGCCCCCCCCCCCCCACACACACCCACAGACACACAUUUUUAUCAGAUUUAUAAUUCUACCCACAUAUAGACAACAUAAAAACCUGGUACAUCAUUUAUUCGCUACAAUUAUUAAAUAUAUUUCGUUUUAUUUGUUUUUUUUUUUUUUUCUUCUUUUAUUAUUCCAUUUACUGAAAAUAGGUUGAAAUCCUGACUAUUCGUGUGGCGGACACCCUUGUUACGCCACUGGAAGAAUGUUUUGUGCGGCAUACUAUUUUAUCUGUUAUAAAGACUGUUAAUUAUUUUAUUUCGUAUAUUUGCCAUCCAAAUGUACAUAAUCAUAAUAUAUAUAAAUAUACAACACCUUUUUAUAUGCCCACAUGGAAAUGUGGUCGUAUAUUGCCGUCGCCCCCGUUCGUCCGUCCGUCCGUCCAUCCAUCGUCCACAAUUUCUUGUGAACACUCUACAGACUACAUUUAUCAUCUGAUUGUUUUGAAAAUUGAUAUAUGUUGUUUGCAUUAUUGAGAUGAAGAAGCCUAUUUAAUUUCAAUAACUUCCGUUAAUUUCCUCUGGAGUCAUGGCCCUUGUUUCACUUUGUUGCACCUUGUGAACGCUCUAUCGACAAAAGUUAUCAACCGAUCUGUAUGAAAUUUAUAUGCAUCAUUUAAAUUAGUAAAACAAAGAAGCCUAUUGAAUUUCAGCAUUUUCCGUUAAUUACAUCUAGAGUUAUGGCCCUUGUUUCACUUUGUUGAAUCUUGUGAACGCUCUAAUGACAAAAGUUAUCAACCGGUCUGUAUGAAAUUGAUAUGCAUCAUUUAGAUUAGUGAAAUUAUUGAAUUUCAGCAAUUUCCGUUAAUUUCUUCUGGAGUCAUGGUCCUUGUUUCACUUUGUUGUACAUUGUAAAUGCUCUAACGACAAAAGUUAUUAUCCGAUCUGUAUGAAAUUUAUAUGUAUCAUUUAAAUUAAUAAAACGAACAAGCCUAUUGAGUUUCAACAAAUUUCCGUUAAUUACAUCUAGAGUUAUGGCCCUUGUUUAACUUUGUUGAAUCUUGUGAACGCUUGAACGACAAAAGUUAUCUGUAUGAAAUUCAUAUGCAUCAUUUAAAUUAGUGAAAUUAGCAAUUUCCGUCAAUUACGUCUAGAGUUAUGGCCCUUGAUUUACUUUGUUGAACUUUGUGAACGUUCGAACGACAAAAGUUAUCAUCCGAUCUGUAUGAAAUUUAUAUGCAUUAUUUGAAUUAGUACAACGAAAAAACCUGUCGAAUUUCAACAAUUUCUGUUGAUUACGUCCAUAGUUACGACCCUUGUUUUAGUUUUUAGAACCUUGUGAACCCUCAAACGACGAAAAUUAUAAUGUCAUCUGUAUGGAAUUGUUUAUUAAAUUCCCCUAAUUACCUACAAUAGAAUAAAUAUGUGACAACCCUUGUCGACUGCACGGGCGAUUUAGAUGCUGUGGGCGUAUGUUUUGUUGCCUGGCAACCUAUCUUUUUAUUUCUAAUUUAUUUAGAUAUUUUGUGAGAGCUUUAUUCUACACUCUUUUUAUCAAUAUUUGUUACGUUUUCUCAUUAUUUUUUCUCUGUAAUUAUUUGUUUAAAGAAAUAAACCCUUUUGCCCAA